AUAUAUAUAUAUAUAAUAUAUAUAUAUAAUCAUUUACACAAAUAUACUUAUGCUGAUAAGAAGGCAACUAAGUGUCAACUUUCACAUACUAGAAUGAGCUAUGUCAGUUCGCGCUCGACUGUUGGCUAAUAAUGAACAAUUUUUCUCAAUAAGAAUUUAUUUUAAUCUACCAAAAUAUAUAGCAUUUUUAUUUAGUUGUAACUCGUGUGAUUUUAUUUAUAUUUAUAAACCGCGUGAGAAUGGUCGAUAUCAACGUGCCUCUUAUCAAUUUGUUGCAAACGAGCGUGAACUUUGUAGUCCAUCGCAUACAACAGUAUCAGGCAACAACAAGUGAAACGACUGUUAUACCUACAAAGUACGGUCAGGUUAAAGGUGUUAAACGAAAAACCAUCUACAAUCACCAUUUUUAUGCCUUCGAAGGCAUACCGUAUGCCAAACCCCCUCUCGGCGAAUUGCGUUUUCGGGCGCCACAAACACCAGAUCCUUGGACGGGAGUGCGUAAUUGCACUAACUUGGGAAAUGUGCCACUGCAAAAACACUUCGUACUCGGCAUAACACAAGGCUCAGAGGACUGUUUAUAUUUAAAUGUAUACACUAAACAGUUAAACUCUGCUAAGCCAUUACCGGUAAUGGUUUGGAUUUAUGGUGGUGGCUUUCGUUUUGGUGAAGCUUCACGAGAUGUUUAUGCUCCCGAUUAUUUCAUGGAGAGAGAUAUCGUAUUAGUAACGGUUAACUACAGGCUCGGUGCUUUAGGCUUCCUCUCACUACCAGAUCCCGAUCUACAAGUUCCAGGUAAUGCCGGGUUAAAGGAUCAAUUAUUUGCAUUACGCUGGAUUCAAGAGAACAUCGCCAACUUCAACGGUGAUCCCAAUAAUGUGACAAUAUUUGGAGAAAGUGCUGGUGCCGCUUGUACACAUCUACUUAUGCUUGCGCCGAAAACGCAGGGCCUUUUCCAUAAGGCAAUAUUACAAUCAGGUACAGCGCUUUGCUCAUGGGCCGAACAGGAACCCACAAAUCGCGCUUAUUGGCUGGCCAUCCAAUUAGGCUACAAGGGCGAAAAUGUAGACAAAGCCGUAUUAUCCUUCCUGUCGAAUAUUAGUGGUUCAAAAAUAAUAAAACUUGAGGAUGGGCUGAGACAGCCACAUGAGAAGGAUGAACGUAUAUUUUUUCCUUUCACACCAGUGGUGGAACCAUACCAAAGUCAGAAUGGUUUAUUGACAAAGCCGUUUAAAGAUCUACUCAUAACAGCAUGGAGCAAUGAAAUCCCAAUACUGUUAGGUUUCACAGCCGAUGAAGGCAUGUUGCACUAUAACGAAACUGUGAAAAAUCCGCAUUUAGUUAAUGAGCUCGGAGAUUGUGUGGCUGUUUUACCAAAAAUUGUUAAGAAAGAGUGUGAUGUGCAGAAAUGCAAAGAGUUGGGUCUACAUUUAAGAGAAGCACAUUUUGGUAAUGCGAAACCGCAUUAUAGUAAAAAUCUUUACCAAUACUUGGAGCUCUUGGCUUAUAGACACUUUUUCAUUGAUGUACAACGUACUCUUUUAGCUCGUGCUGCUUACGCCUUUAAUGUAUCCACCUAUCUUUAUCGUUUUGCUUUCGAUUCACCAUAUUUCAAUCACUCUCGCAUUUUGCAUUGUGGACGGUCCGCUCGCGGCGUAUGUCAUGCCGAUGAGCUCUCUUAUCUAUUUUACAAUUUAAACUCCGACAAAUUACCACCCACAAGCGGUGAAUUCAAGACAAUUCAACGCAUGAUUGGUAUGUGGACGGCAUUUGCAGCAACUGGUAAUCCAAAUUGUACUGAAAUCGAACCGAUUCAAUGGCAACCAGUGGAAGCGAAAGAUGUGGAAAAUGCGCAGCCAAAAUGCCUUAAUAUUGACGAAGAACUCGAAAUCAAAUCUUUACCGCAUAAGCAUCUAAAAACCUGGACAAAUCUUUUUACGAACGAUAAUUUAUUUUAAUUGUAGACUUAUUAUAUCAUUAAGGAUACUAAAUAUAUUUACAUAAAUUAUCUAAGUUUACGCUGGAAAUAAUAUCGAAAUAGAAUCUUUAAAUUUCAAAAUUAAAAAAAUGAAAACUGGCUCUCGAAAUAAAAAACCGAAAUUUACGGUACGUGGCAACAUUGCUUAAUACAGCUGAGGUCACUGACCAGUUAUAUAUGGUAUAUAUAUACUAUGAAUUUACUAUAUCGUCACUUGAAGAACAAGUAUGUAAGUAAACAAUGAACAUACCCUACAAACCGCUAUUGAGUUUGCUGUUUUUAGUGAGUGCAACGAAAGAGUAAAAUAGAAAGAAAUGUUGAAAAAGACAACAGGUUAAUUGAACUCUUCAGAAUACCUGCUUGCAUGCACUCGCCUUACUAGCUAAUCCUUUUAUAUUCUCUCUAAAACUCUUUCGCUCUUCCGGUCAUCUUUCAGAAGUGCAGCGAAAGAAAUAAGAGAAAAUAUAGAUAAGUGCAACAAGUUCAAACACGUUUUCGCUCUCACCUACUGAUCGUGCAUUUGUUAAUUAAUAUUAGUAAAGUGGUUUUUGACUUGAUAAUUAUUUCUUUAUAUAUUUAAGCAUGUAGUAUCAAAUUUUGGAGUGAAUUUAAAAAAAAAAACUAAAAUAAAAUAUUGAAAAAUCAAAAUACUAAAAAUAUACUUAUACAUAUACAUAGGUAUGUCUCAUAUGUGCAAGAGCGCGUCACCCACCUUGCAUCAGCGCAACAGUUUCUGUAGCAGAAAGAGAGAGCAAAACAAACAUAAAAUUCUAAUAAACAUGCUCGUAUAAAAAACGAAUGCAUAGAAGAGAAAUAGCGUGUAUAUAUGUAUAAGCAUAUGUAGUUGCUUAACCGACUGCACUCAAGCGCUAGUAAAAAUGGAUAUGCAAUGGGUGUUUGAAUGCUACAGACUGACAGUUGCACAUUGUGUCCCAUAGCGUGCGGUUUCACAUUACUCAAGUCAAUUGGUCGCCUGUCACAGCGCUGUCAUUAGAUAAUAAUAAUUAAAGUGAUACAUAAAACAUAAAGUUGUGAGGCGUAUGACUAAUAUACUUAUGUAUAUAUACCAUAUUUGAGAAUAGAAAAAUAAUAAAAAUUUAUCUCGAUAAAGGGUAUUCUUUGGUUUGUUUUUUACGUGCUGCUAUGACGGGCAACUCAGCAAAUGCAGAAGUGCUGGCGCAAACAACGCUUGGCACCGUCAGAGGUAAAUGCAAUACGUCCAUUUACGAUGACAAUUAUUACAGUUUCGAGCGCAUACCCUUUGCGCAGCCACCACUGGGUGCAUUGCGCUUUAAGGCGCCUAUAGCUGCGACAGCGUGGCAAGGUGUGCUGGAUUGUACGCAAAAGGCCGAAAAACCGUUACAAAAAAAUGCUCGUUCAAAUGAAAUCGAAGGCGCUGAGGAUUGUUUAUAUCUGAAUAUCUAUGCGAAGAAGCUCAAAUCCGAUAAACCGCUGCCUGUUAUGAUAUUCCUUUAUGGUGGUGGCUUUGAAAAAGGUGAUCCGACACGUGACCUACACGGCCCCGAUUAUUUGAUGAUGAAAGAUGUCAUUCUAGUCACAAUUGCCUACAGAUUGGGUCCAUUAGGCUUUCUCAGCUUGCACGAUCCCAACGUUGGCACUCCGGGCAAUGCGGGUCUGAAAGACCAACUGCUUGGCUUACUAUGGGUUAAGGAAAAUGUUAAAAAUUUUAAUGGUGAUUCAAAUAACAUAACACUUUUCGGUGAAAGCGCCGGUUCUGCGUCCACGCACUUUAUGAUGCUGUCCCCGCUGGCGAAAGGACUCUUUCACAAAGCUAUACUAAUGUCUGGCACCGUACUCUGCCCAUGGGCAUUAUCGCCGCUAAAAGCUUUACCAAAACGGUUAGCACAAGCUAAUGGCUACACCGGCGAAGACAAAGAUCAAAAUGUACUCGAGUACCUGCAAAAAUUACCCGCCGCCGAUCUGUUACGCGACAACUUACUAACCAAAGAGGAAAAUAUGGAUGAUUGCUUAUUCGCAUUUGGCCCAGUAAUUGAACCGUAUAUAUCGGAGACAUGUAUUAUACCGAAGCAACCGACGGCUAUGUUUGCCGAUGCUUGGGGUAACGAUAUACCCGUUAUAAUUAGUGGCACCUCUUUUGAAGGUCUUCUAAUGUUUGCGCGCGUACAUAUGGCACCGUUUCUUUUGCACGAGUUGAACGAAAAUCAACAACACAUGUUGCCGUUGGAAUUGAAACAAAAGCACAAUAUACAAAAACAAAAGGAAUUGGCAGCGAAAUUGCGCGAAACACAUUUUGCCGAGAGGGAAUUACAGAUGGAGCAUGUACUCAACUAUUGCGAGUACGCUUCGUAUAAAGUAUUCUGGCAUCCCAUAUUGCGCACUGUAAAGGCGCGGUUGCGCCAUGCACGCGCGCCCACCUAUCUUUACCGCUUCGAUUUUGACUCUCCCGACUUUAAUCAUCAGCGUAUCGGUUAUUGCGGCAAAGAAAUACGUGGCGUUUCCCAUGUGGAUGAUCACUCAUACUUGUUCUUUGGAAAUUUUGCCUGGAAGCUGGACAAAGACACGCCUGAAUUUCGUACAAUUCAGCGAAAAAUAGAUAUUUGGACAUCGUUUGCGGCAAACUCCGAUCCGAAUUGUGAUCAUCUCGACGGUAACAAAUGGACGCCGUUGAAAGCUGAUGGCAAGUUGCAUUGCCUAAAUGUCAGUGAUGAUUUAGAAGUAAUCGAGUUGCCGGAAAUACAUAAGCUACAGGUAUGGGAUAGUCUGUAUGAGGUCGCAGAAGAGUAGUGAAGCUGUUGACACAGUAGUUUUUAUUUACUUUGUACAUAUGGUAUAUCAAAAGUAUUUAAGAUUAAAUAAAAAUGAUAUAUAAAUACAAAA